AUGGCGACGCAAAUGGCUCCUUCAAGCGAUAAAAAUGCGCAGAGUCUCUGGGAUCAAGCCUUCAGCUCCCUCAGCGCAGAUUUAAAAACAGCACUUGGCCAGGCUGCCACCCAUAAGCGCGACAUUCUAGCCGCCGCUCUGGAAGCAGCGGAGAACCGCAAAGCUACCAGUCUCCGCAAGCGUUGGAAGUUCAAACGCUCAAAUGGAGAAGUCGUGAUUAUCCGAGAUGUCCUGGAAAAGAUCGCCAAAUGGAUUGAUUCCUUCAAAGCAGUCGGCGAUGCGGCUGUGCAGUUUGAUGCCAGCAACGCUUCGCUGCCCUGGGCGGCUGUCAGACUGCUUCUUCAAGUGACGGUUAACGAUGUCCAACAAUAUGGAACCAUGGUUCAGGACCUCGAGGUGGUGUCUCGGAUCAUUGCACGAUACAAGGAGUUUGAGAACUUACAUCUUGGUCGAGAUCAAUCCGCUGAGCCGGCGCUCGAGACGGCACUGACCGUCCUAUACACAGAAGUCUUGACUCAUCUGGCACAAACUAUUGCGUUCUUUUCGCAAUCAACUGCAGGCAUGUUUACAAAAGCAUUGAGAAAGGCAACCACUGACCCGAGCAGUGCGACUGGCCAAGAGUACGAGGUUCUCAAACUGGCCAAGCUUCAGGACACCUCAGACCUGCGAUUUAUCGCGAAGACAGUUCUCCGCCUCAAAGAUCAAAUUAACAACAACACCAAGCGCAUCGAAGAAGAGUAUUCUAUCAAGAUGAUAUCCUGGCUUUCAACAUCGCCUUUCUCAAUCCACCACGAGACCAUAUCCGAGUCAAGAACGCCAAACUUUGGCCAGUGGCUUCUGCAGCACGAGGUCUACAGAAACUGGUGCGAGUCCAGCUCUUCAUCAACACUUUGGAUACGUGGAAUCACGGGCUCUGGCAAGACCAAUCUAUUCUCUGUCAUUGCCGACUCAUUGUUGGCCACCAGGGCUACGAACCCAGAAUUGGCUCCCUUCGCAUACUUCUAUUGUCUCCAAAGCGAGUCAGAACUGGAGAGAUCCUCAGCAGACGGAAUCCUCCGUAGUAUCCUGCGUCAGCUGACGAUUACAGAAAGUCAAAGCGAUGUUCGCAACUUUCUAUACUCCGACUUCCAGAAUCGUUCGAAGUCUGCUACUCUUCAGGGCCUGGACCUUCCUAGACUGAGUAGGAAAGACUGUGUAGACCGUAUCGUUCAAGUGGCCCGUGAAGACCCCAUCACAAUAUUACUCGAUGGUGUCGAGCAGGUUGAAGACGAGAGUUGCGGUCUUCUCUUGCAGUCAUUAUCUGAUAUUAUGUCAAGGGCUGAGAAUGUUGUCAAGGUGUUUAUCACGAGCAGAAAUAGCUCUGAUAUCCUCUCAUCGCUACCGACUGCGAAAGAGAUAGUUGUGACGACAGACCAAGUCCACAAUGACAUGGCCCGGUUCAUUACUCAGAAGAUUGACGACGCCAAACUCAUCAGUGGGAGGCUCUCGCCGAACACAAGAAGCUGCCUGAUAAAGGAGUUGCUAGAUGGUGCGGGCGAAAUGUUUCUAUGGGUCCAUCGACAGAUACAGCAGCUUCGCAAGGUCAAGAACGAACAUGAUCUUCUUCCGGCCCUACGGUCCAACAUUCUCUCAGAUCUAGACAAGCUUUACGAGAACGACUUGGGACAGAUCCUACAAUCAGGAGACACAUCGCGACAACUAGCUAUCCAAACUUUCUCCUGGCUGCUGUACAUGAAAGCACCGUUGACUCCCGAGGCGUUAUUAGCUGCCAUCGCUACCGCAAGCAUAGGGAAUGUCCCUUGCACGACGGCUGACAUAUCUGUUGUGUGCUCGAACUUGGUGAUUAUAGACCUCAAUCGCCAAAUCGUCCAACUUGCUCAUCAUUCAGUCAGAGAAUACUUCAUACGUACCCAACAAUCUCUGUUCUCCGCUCCAGUAGCUAAUAGUCUUCUGGCAUCGAUCUGCAUAAAGGCCAGCUCGCGUGGACCGCCUGACAACGGAAGCCUGCAACAGCAAGCCAAAGGCUUUUUCUUCUAUGCUGCUACGCACUGGGCAAGCCACUUUGAGAGUUCAAAGGUUACCAAGAAGGAAGAGAGGCUAUUUCAAGACAUGCUGUCUUUUGUCUUUGAGGAUGAAGACUAUGAUGUCAGCCUUUCCUUCGAAGCUUGGCUGGAAAUUGCGAAGGAGAUUGCAACACUCCUGCCGAGGAAUCACCCUAUGAAGCCUGCUCUUGAUGCCAUACCAAACGAAACAUCAUCUCCUCUCUUCUUAGCAGCUGUCUUUGGUAUAGACGGCCUGCUGACUCUUCUUUCAGGAUCGGAGAGUGAUAUAGACUGGGACCAACGAAAUGACCUUGGGCACACCGCACUCUACGUCGCCGUCGCUACAGGUCAUCUCUCCACUGUGACGACUUUGAUUGAGAAGGGUGCAGAGUUGAACAUCGAAUGCGGUGCAUACGGAAGUCCGUUGCAUGUUGCGUGUUUCAGAGGAUAUGAAGAGAUUGUUGAAAAGCUUCUUCAAAACGGCGCAUCUCCGAAAUGUGGCUCGAAGUUUCAGAGUGCUGUUCAAGCUGCAUCUCAUGGAGGGCAUGAAGAUAUCGUACUCGGUCUCAUCAGGUACGAUGCUACUAUUGAAUCCGAAGAUGACUACGAGCAAGACAUACAGAUGGCAACGGAGUAUGGCUUCAUCAGGGUCAUCGAUCAGCUUCUCAGGCCAGAGUUCAAGCGCUUUAUAGACAAGGAAACCCCGGACAAAAACAAGAUGCGGUUGGCCAAGGCGAUAAAAGGUGGCCAGUUGUUUGUGUUACAACGCCAGCUAUCCAAAACAUCAUCUGAUGCGAAAGACAUCUUCCCAAAAGAUGCGGUUGCAAUUGCGGCUCUCUAUGACCAUACAGAUAUCGUCAAGUAUCUCCUGGAACAAGGUCUUGAUAUCGAAGCCGAAGGUCAGUUCGGCACGCCACUCCGCUCGGCUUGCUUGAUGAACCACAAAUCCACGGUCGAAGAGCUACUCCAGCGUGGUGCCAAUGUCAACACAGAGGAGCGGAAAGGCAAUGCUAUUUAUGUCGCCGCUGUGAAAGGUCACGCAGAUAUUGUCAGGAUCCUGCUGGAAGAAGGUGCAGAUCUUCACCAGAAAACGGGGUCUUCUGGCACAGCGUUGCAAGCUGCAGCGUACUAUGGUCACAAGCUUGUUGUUGAGAGGCUUCUUGACGCGGGGGCGAAUGUCCAUGCCGAAGGUUCAUCUCCAGAUGCGUUCCAUGCCGCUGCUGAAGGUGGGCAUCAGGAGAUCAUUAUGCUGUUCCUGGAACGAGGUUACAAGUUCCUUUACGAGCCGCCCGGUCCCAAGUACAGCAGAGCUCGACCCUCGCCAUACAGGCCGCUUUAUCGGGAGGCUUCUCCUGGAAGGGAUAAACACCCUCGCUCUAAACUGUGGCCGCACCUUUACAAGCGGAAUGCCAUAACGGCCGAACAUGUCACUGAUACAGAUACCCGUGACAACAUCACUCGAGUCGAGACUGAUGAUGGAAUGGAGAUGUUCGCUAAUGAUCAAGGGGAUUUUCUCCGUAGCGAUGAUGAUACCCAGGACGGUUCUCAGAAGAACCGCCCUCUUGAAGCUAGUGCUGCCAGAGGGAAGGACGCAGUUGUCAAGGUAUUACUGGAGCAAAAGGAAAGUUUGGGAUUCUGGGAUUAUGAGGUUGGUACUGCUCUCAAGGCAGCUGCCUCCAACGGACACUUGAGCACCGUUAAGAUGUUACUUGAUCACGCAUCGAGGAUGAAGGGUCCUUUUAUUGAACGCAUCUACACAACUUUAGAGAGCAUACCUCAAGGGCGUCACGAUAUCUUGCAGCUUACUCUUGCCAAAGCGUCUGAAGUUGGCUGCACGGCAGAACAAACUGACCAGUUGAGGCUGAAACUUCCACCAGGAGGAGAAAAGUACAAAGUCGCGGUGAUUGAGCCACAUGCUCUGAAGGCAGACUUUCUGGCUUGCUGCACUUCUGGUAAUGUAGCCGUUAUGGAGGCUAUCAUGAGUUGCAAACACCAGCAACUACUGCAAUACAACGAUCUCCUGGAAGGCCUCCACAAAGCUGCAGAGGAGGGUCACGUCUCAGUAAUCAAGAGCUUGCUUAAUCUUAGUUCUGAUUUACAAGGCGUUUCGAUUCCUGAAAACACACUGAUAGGCGCUGCUGGAAAGGAUCUUGAGACAUUGAAGUUUCUCCUUUCUCAAAAGGUCGAUGAAUCUCAUUCCGAACUCCUUCUACGCCGAUUGGUCUAUGCGGCUUGUAGCAAGGGACAGCCUGACAUCAUCGAGUAUCUCGUAUCCGAAUUUGGUAUCAAUGUCAACGCCAACGUUCCUGAAGACGAGAAACCCAGGUAUCUGAGACGUUGGAGGCAGUCUGUCGACCCUCGCCUUACCAGUGCCCAUAUAACUGCCACUGGUGAAGCAGAUGGUUCACAGUCGACUGACGGUCCUCGUCUUGUCAGUCCUUUGCAAGUCGGCCUGAGCGCUUUUGACAGCUAUGAGCUGCCCUACUAUGCGAGAUAUUAUAGAGAGAAAACAAUGCCUCAGCAGCAGAAAGUCAUCCAAACACUGCUGAAGCUAGGGGCCGAUCCGAACAGUCUAGGUGGAAAGGAUGUUUAUCCUCUUCAAUACGCAGCGAGAGUCUGUCCAGAUGUCGUGGUAAAAGAGCUGCUUGAAGCUGGAGCAGAUGUCAAGCUUACCGGGAAAGGAGACUCGGCUCUUAUGGGAGCAGUACAGAGAGAAAUGGAAGCCAUGGCGGUUACAACAAGACUAUUUGACAGUGGUCACCAACUUCCAGACUAUUUUGAUGGAGGCAAGGUUCUUCUAGCUAAAGUUCUCGCGUUCUUUGAAGGUGAUAGAGAGCGACAGACCUUCCAUAGCAUUAUCGUUGACCCAGACGGCCGCUUUUUACAGGCCCCGUCUUUGGAGUACGUCUUCGAACAAGGACCAGGAGCGGUACUCGAGUUCCUUCUACAGAAGUAUGAUACAAGCAAGCUGGAAGACACAAGAUAUGAGCUAGUUUUUCAGAUGGCCUGUGUUCUCGGCAAAGCUCCUUUUGUCGAGUUGCUCUUAUCUCGAGGAGUCGACAUUGACGCCACGGGAUACUACUACGGGAGUCCUCUACAGGCUGCGGCACGGACUGGCCAGCUACAGAUUGUCCAGAGUCUAUUGAACAAGGGAGCAAACGCAAAUGUGAUACAGGGUCGUUGGCACACAUCCCUGCGCGCGGCCAUUGUCGGUGGUCACCUCGACAUCGUCGAGCUUCUGCUUCAACAUGGCGCAGAUUCUAAGUUGAAGUACCAAGCGGAACGACAGUCAGAGAACGAGAGGGAAGCUGUAUCAUCAAGCACGCUUCAGAUGGCUCUACAAGAAGGACAUACAGAAAUCGCAAGACUACUCCUCGAGACAGACCCCUCACUGAAUAAUGAAGAGGGCCGCCUCCAACAUCCUCUUAUCAUAAGCUGUCAAAAAGGAGACCACGCCAUGACAGAGCUGCUACUAGAAUCCAAUGCUCUAGUCAAUGUCCGGGGCCACAAGGAAGCGAAUGUGGCAAGUAUAGAGGCUCGAGAUGCGAGUCCUUUGCAUGCUGCUAUUUCUGGAGGCUAUGUCAACCUCGUCGAAAUGCUUUUGUCGAAAGGCGCUGACGUCAACAUUGAAGUCGAUGACUGUGACUGCCGAACACCUCUGCUAGCAGCGAUUAAAAAAGCAGAUUUGCGCAUAGUAAGACUGCUUCUUGAAUCUUGUGCAGAUGUUUCUAAAUCUACUGGUGCUCUUUCGAGUGCUGUGGGAGGGAAUGCAGGUCUUCAAAUGAUCAAUGAACUGAUUGCGGCUGGCGCAAAAGUCGACAGUUCCAGCCUUCAAGAAGCAUGCAGAAACGGAGAUCUUUCCAUUGUUGAGGCGCUUCUUGAACAGCUGUUCAUUGACGGGGUGGAUCCAUCUGAGAUCGUCGACGAAACCUUGGACUCACUCACAAUGGGAAAGUCUACUGACUACAGAACACUCAAUCUUCUACUUGACUAUGUGCUCCCAACUCCCAAAAGAUUUCUCUUCACAUGUUCCUCAGGUUCUGUUCCUCUGGUGAGAAGAAUGAUUCAACAAGGCAUGAGUGUCGAUGGCAGCAACGAAGAGGAGGAUAGCCCGUUGCAAGUGGCUUGCUACUACUUGAACUUUGAAGUUGUACGGCUAUUGUUACAACGAGGCGCAAACGUCCGAGCGAGAUCAUCUCAGCCGGGAGACCCAAUUACGCUAACGCUAUGGGCUUGCGCAUCACCAUUGCAACAGCAAUUGGAGCAACGUGGAACGAGACACCAAAAGUACCUGAAUUCAGAGGUGGUGGACUACCGAACUACACAGAGAUGCACCAACAUUGUUCGAAUUCUACUUGAGUACGGUGCCACUGCUGAUAAUGGAACAGAUGAACUGGAGAGCCCACUCCAGCUGGCUUCUUUCAUUGGCAGCUUCGAAAUCGCUAAGCUUUUGAUCGAACAUGGAGCCAGCCUGGAUAAAACCACUGGAAGCUUCAAGACUCCCCUCUUUUCAGCUUUACAGGGAAACAACAGGGGCAUCAUAUCACUGAUCCUAGAAAAGGGGGUCGACGUCAACUAUGUACAUACAACUCAUGGUACAGCAUUACACUUGGUAUGUCAGUACAACGAUGAGUCACUUGUUCUCCAGUUGCUUCAACACGGUGCCUCACCCGCUUUGAAAGACGCAAACGGAGACACUGCUCUUACGCUGGCACUCCAGUCUGCAGCUUCUCGUAGCGAUUAUGGUGUAAGCCAGAAGAUACCCCGACUCAUUUGUCAGCACUCGACAACGCUCGAUAUCACAGAUAGCGACAUCAUAGCUGCAGCUCGGUUAGAGCCCAGUGAUUUACUGUCCUUUCUCCUUGUCAAGAGAGGAGAACAGCCAGUGUCCGAAGAUCUUAUCAUUCGUUUCCUCAGCGAAGAGAGACGGCCAAGUCAGGAAAACCUGGAGGUUCUUUUUGAUCAUAGUGGGGGACUGGAAAUAACUCCAAGGAUGCUGAACAUUGGCCUCUCAAAGCAUGCUUUCAAAAGUCUUAGCAAGGCUCGCGAGCUUUCAGUUCACAUCACUCCCGAUGUGCUCGAGUCUCAAACAGAUCUCGGGACCUUGAAAGCGCUUAUAGAGUAUCAACCCGGCAUCGAAGUAACGGAGGGUCUCGUGAUUAAAAUAUUGUCAAUGAACUCGCCUUGCAGAAGGUGGGGUCAACCGGAAGAGAAUACUGAGCUUCUCUUGUCAAUCUGGCCUCGAAACUCGUCACUUCUGGUCACUGACGGCAUGCUGAAAGCAACCACAUCGUUGCUCCAGCUUAAGUUCUUACUUGAGCGCUUUGGUCCAGCUCACGGAAAGUUGCAAGAUAUCGCGAUAUGGAUUUGCGAAAAGGGGACUGAAUAUUCCGGCAAUCAGGCGGAUAUUUUGGCACUUGUUUUGCAGUCUGACUCAGAUAUUAAGCUCUCACCAAGCCACCUUGAAAAGAUCAUGCUUGGUGCCAAACCUUUGAUGUUAGAUAUGGUCUUGACGCAUACGCCAUCCCUCUCAAUCACAGAGAAAUUGUUUCUCAGUAUCUUCAGAGAGUAUCCACGAGCUCGAGAGGAGACGCGGAAGGAGUUCGUGGGAGUACUCAUGAGGCACAAAAAGAAAAUUGUCUUCACUGAGAAGAUUCGCGAUGCUAUCGAUAGGGCGUAUCAAGAGCAUUCUGACAUUGAGAAGAGAGAAGAAUGGUACACUUUGAGGGAAAGGGAUGAGACUCAGGAGGAAGCUAAGGCCAGGCGGUCAGAGGAGAAUGAUGGGAACAAGAACGACGAUCAAAUUUCUCUUACAAGACAGGACCGGUAAGUAACAGGAGCUAUGGCAGCAGUAGGUCACGACGUCGGAGAAUGGCAAGCAUUGCCGGGGCUGACAUCGUAUGGGACUUUUCGUAGGCUAUUCCUCAGGGGACUUUGUCAGUAACUGGCGGUCGAGGGUGACUCAAAGCCAAACAUCUCAAAGAAGAAAGCUUUCACGAUAAAUGACACAUGUACUUGAAUGAACAUUUGAUUCGAAAUAGCUAGUUGGGGUAUAAGGUACAGAGGCUAAAGUACGAGUUUAAACAAUGCACAGGCAAAUUCCAGGCACAUUUCCAGACCACCGGACCCAAAACUUUGAGUACUUCUCGACUACUCAGGGACAGGGCAAAGAUCAUAAUUGCCAUUGACGUUGUUUCCCCACCAGCUUGGGAAAGGAUGCCCUGGACCACCAGCUCCAAAC